UGUAGUCAGUCGUACAAUGGCUUCCAUCAUGUUUCCCUGGAUCAAAAAUACUUGUUUCCAUUUAGCAUUGCACGCUGGCAGCAUCGUUCUUGCAAUCAUCACUCAGAUAAUCUCAGAAGUCUUUUUUUACCUGGCGAAGGAAGACAAAGUGCCCAAUGCUGUUUUCCAGACUUCAUCCUGGAAUGUGUCCAAGACCUUCUCCCUAGAGUUGACUAUGGACUCGUGGUCUGAGAACUUCUGGAUCUGGAUUGAUCUGUGGUCUAAAAUGUGGCUCGUUUAUGCAGCUGUGAGCCUCUUCAGAAGAAAUGUAUUCGGCCCCCAGUCGUGCAAUCCUGAAAUCCACCCUCCCAAAUUCUUUCUGAUGUGGACUAUCAUAAAUAUUAUGAGAGUUUGUAGCAUGCCUAUGUGGGAUAGACACUUUAUCCUACCAGCUGUGUUGUCUAGGUGGAUUUUACCACUUCACAGCUUCUACAUGCUUUUCCUGUCCUACUUCAACCUGAAUAAGCACAAAGCCUGGCUGGCAAUCAACAACCCUGGUGUGAUUCCAUGGACACGUUAUCUGACCCAGAAUGGAUUAGCUGUAUUUGCCUGGUGGUCUCUCUUUCAUUCUGUGGUGGGCUUUGGCAUAGUGCUUAAGUAUUAUGCCCGUGUUCAGGACCGAGUGGCCAGUGCCACUGUCCUUUUCAUCAUCUCUGUGUUCAUUAUUACAUGGUUCAUCCUGCAGAACUUCUUCUUGAUCAAGUACAUGCGGCAUACAUUCAGCAUUUAUGCCAUCCUCAUUCUGGGACUGGGUGCAAUGUUCACCAGCAGCUACCGUGUCCAGAACUUCUCUAUAAACACCGCCGUCUGUGGAGUCCUUAUGCUUCUGAUAACCAUCAUGAGCUUCAUCCAUUUGAUCUCUGCAUGUCUGGAGAAGUCCCACAAGCCUGUUGCUGCAGAGCUGAGACUUGAAGGCUGUGAGACCGUGUGCAAACCAGAAGGGAAUAUUAAAGACAAACUAGAGAACUGAGUUGAAUUGCAAAAAAAAGAGACCAUCAUUUGAUCAAUAGAUUUAUUUAAAACAACACAAUCAUUAAUUCAGUUGUGUGUCUGAACAUACCCUGUGUACUGACCUCAUUAGCUGAAAAUUUGUAUGUGUGUGGUAUACAUCAUUCACCAAAAGGUGGCAGCAAACGCUUAGAUUAAUGUUGAGAAAUUCAAACUGGAGCUGCACCAGGAGAUGGCACAAUGAUGCAAGCCUUGCAUUUAAUGCGCCUAAGGAAAAACAGUUUUUAAAUGAAAAGAAUCAAUACUGGUCUUUUACAGAUGUUAAUUUUAUUAACCCUUAUGGCUUGAAUUGUGCUGCAUUCUAAACUCUCAAAAUAAACUGAGUAAAGCUUAAAAACACAGUGGGUGUGUAUAUGUGUGAGUGUGUGUGGGCGUGUGCCUGGUUGUGUUUACAUAACUGUAAAAUCCUCUUGAUAAAUUAGAAAACAUCUGUAUUUUUCAUCUCCCUCUUUGCUCCUCUCUGGGGUCUGUGACGCUGUUCCAAAGACAUAAUCACACUCAAGUUUAAGAGCUCUCUCUCUCUGUCUCUCUCAACACUGCUUAAAGAAUGGAAUAUCAAACAUGCCCUUUGGCUUCAGGGAAGAGCAGCUCAACCUUUGAUGAAGACACUGAGCUUUAUUAAAGUAAUAAAUGAAAGCAGAAGAAACAAAGACAAGAGAUCAUACAAUGAAUGUGGUGACCAUGGCAGUGACAUUUUUUCAACAAAUAAAGAUUUGUUAUGCAAAAUGGAUACUGUUUUGAAAGAUGGAAAUGCAAAAUUCAACCUUUUUCUGCAACAUCAUCAUCUCAUUCUUGCCUGCCAGCACAAUGUUGCAUUAGUAUUUGAACACAGACAUUAACUUGUAAAACUGGCCUCUGUGGUGGGUGGAUGUCAUUGACACUCAUCAUAAGCUUAAAUUGGCAAUUUGUGCAACAGUAACAUUUUUCUUAUCUACAGGCGAUUAUUAGCUCAUAUUUUUUAAGGCAGAUAGAUUUGCUUUGAGGAAUGUUCAAAGACAAUACAUCAAAACCAGAAGAAAGUCUGCUAGAGAUCCUGCUCACAUGCACACACAUUCUGGAAAUAUGUUAUGGAUAAGGGAUUUUCUAAACAUUUUUAGUCUAAACCUCAUACAAUUACUAUUGUAAAUACUCUCUCCUAAAUAACUGUAGAUGUUUAGCUGCUUAUUUCCUAUUUGCUCUGCAUAAAUUACUCAUUUCUCAUGUUGUGCAGUGAACAUUUCUGCUCUUACUUUGGUCCCCUUGGUUAUUUUAAAAGAGCCACAAUAAACUUAUUUUUCUCAGAAGACUACAUACGUGCUUUUAACAUUAAUGGUAGAAACAGUUCAAUUUGGGAGAUAGUAAUUUAUAUAUGCUGAUCCUUUGUUGACAUUGUGGAAAUAGAAAAAAAAAGUCAGUUUUCUUUCUUAGCUGUCUUGUGCAAUGUUUUCCAAGCUGUGCUGUUUUCUUUUCUGUAAAACCUGGACAGAAAGGAAAAGAACAAGAGUCUAACAACAAACCUUACCUACCUAGACUAAGCACAGGACUGAUCACCCUGUUGGGAUUAGAUUUUAGAUUUUUUGUUUUAUUUGUGUGCUUUUCUGUGUACAACUAAUUUGGAUCGAGAAGAGGGAGCAACCUUUUGACAACAUUCACUAUUGUGUCAAGAUUUUGCUUUCAGUUGAUCAGCUUAGCUAAUCAGAGAUGUAAGUUU